GUCACCCGUUCCCGACUUCAACUCCGUAUCCCCCAUGAAGUGAGAGAAACUGCCGCGCCUAAGUGCUCAAGUCCGGGCUACAGAACAAUGCAGCCAUCCGACCGAGAGACUGACCGAUUCCACUCUUUGCACAGUGACAGUCAAACUGUCGUCCGCCGGCGGAGAGAGCCCUCCAAGCUGCAGGGGCCAUGGCGCUGCGCAAACUGCCCCAGGGAGUUUGCUCAGAAAGAAUACAGAUACAAACACCAGCAGCGGUGCAUCCAGGCGUCGAAUCGGCCAAAGCACUCCAAACAAAAGUCGUGCGUCGCUUGUGCUGCGUCGAAGCUCAGAUGUGACCUGGGAACGCCGUCUUGCUCUCGGUGCCUCAGCAGAGGUAAACCUUGUCAAUACAUCUCACUCAGCUCGGCCCAGAAGAGCGGCCCCGACCGUCCGGAGAACCACGUGUUGGGGACAACUAGAGAUCUCUAUUUGCCGGAUAUCACAGACGACUUUGGUCGCGUCCGAAGCCAGGCAAUAUCACUUAUUGGGAGUGACAAUGCCGCGGAUGUAAAUACCAGGGACGCCGAAAUCGUGGCUGGACUGGAAAUUGACUUCAACAUGAGAGCAUCAACAAACAGCACCCAGCAGGGAGCUGCCAACAACACAAACCCUCAGUCACAGCAGCGGCUUCAGAGGCGCGCCUCAACCCUGCGGGAUGCGGCAGAGACCAUCACCAACUGGCCAAUGGACGCCAAUUUCAACGGUGUACAAGUACCGAACCCUAGUGAGACCCCCAAACAGGGCUCCAUCACAGGGACCUCUCUGACCAGCCCAGGCGGGCCCUCUCUUACCAGUCCAGGCUGGUCUCGAAUACAGCCUUUUGGGGUCGGCGCUGCUGGCAGCCGCGGCGGCAGCUCUUCCAGCCGAUGGCAUCUAGACAACGACUCAUGGGCAUCCCGCAGCCCCCUGCUCACCUCUGAAAUACAUUUCGGUACGGACAUGGAGGACGACUUUCUCCGACACACGCCAGCCAUGUCUACGAACAACGACAUGAACUUUGACCUCCUCGGAUCCAUGGGGAUUCUGAAAAGGCAUCGGAUAGACACCGCGCAGCUGGUGCAAAGCCCACAGGGCUCAGCGAAAAGCGGUCUCAGCAGCAACGCGGCCGCAGUCAGCUACUUUCAACAGGCCGCCGCCGGCGGGCUGGCACCAGUCGCUGGAACCACUUCCACUGCUCAGAAGGAUCAGCACAUGGAGGACAAGACACUUCACGAUGCGGUCACAAGCACGACGGCUUCCCGGCCCAGCGCCUGGCCCACAUCGUGUCCUUUCCACAAGCUGAACAGCGACGAUGCUCUCGUCAAGAUCAUCCGUAGCUACCCAAGAGUCAUGGUUCGUCCCGGCUGUUAUCCGCCUUUUGUGCAUCACAAGCUGUACAGAUGCGGUGCCGGAGACAUCGCCGAGCCACUCGCCCGGGCAUUCUGCUGCGUGGGCGCCUUUUACGCCUCGGUGCCGACCAGCGAGGACUUCGUGUACUCCAUGAUCAGCGAGGAGAGCAGGCGUCUUGUGCAGAGGUUUCACCGGCCCCCCGGCUCGGACAGCGACGUGCUGGCCAUGGUCCACGCCAUGUGCAUCUAUCAGAUCAUCGGCUUCUUUGCAAGCACCAACCCUGAGCAUGCGCGAGCCACGGAGCUGCACCACUCAUUCUUUCUAAAGAUGACGCGUCUUCUCAUUCGCCAGUACCUUCAAGAUCUCUCGCCAAGCGAAGUCAAUCGAGAGAUGGCCUGGCGAAAAUGGAUCGUGAACGAGACCAUCCGCAGGACUGUAUUCCUCGUCAACGCCAUCAACACGCUGUCUUGCAGGGUACAGAAACAAGGUGCCAACUUCUUUGAAGCACUCGACGACGACUUGGUUCGCAACAUGGCGCUUCCCGCGUCAGAUCAGCUAUGGAAAGCCUCGUCGGCGGAGGAGUGGCUGGUCGUGCGCGAUCAGCUCGGCCCGGACGAGACGGCAAGCGGCCGGCUGACGGUGCAGCAGGCCAUCGAUCAUUUCUUCGGGCCGAUACAGCAGGGCGAUAGCAGUAGGUUGAGGAUGUCCUACGCACAAUUCGCCCAGCUGGACGAGUUUACUCAGUUGGUGGUGGCGACUGCUGGAAACGUGGAUCAUCAAACUUGAAGUACAUGUCAAUAUUAAACUCGAGAUGAAACUAUCAAUGCAUUCAUUCCUGACG